GUCAAAAGUCGUUCGUAAGAUUUCCAAAUCUACCGCUCAAUGGUUACAUCGCAACUCUGAUCUUUACCAUUCGCAUUAACGCAUGAAAAUAAUUGUUUUCGCCUCGUGAUUGAAUUUUUCAGUUACACAAUCGCCUCAAGUUACUCAGACGGUCAUCCUCUAAAUUCGUUCUUCCAGGUCAGCACUCUUCUCAUAUUCUUCUGUCGAUUCCGAAUAAAAACGGAAUAUCAUUCGUUACAUAUUAACCGGCGUUUGGUUCCCGGAUGAAAUACCUUUCACCGCGAAGGACGUAGACCUCGAUCGGUAUAACUUCUUACAAGUGGUUCUUUAGUAAUUAUUAUUAUUAUUUAUUUAUUAUUUUUUUUUUUCUGUAAUUGCUGUGAAAAAUAAAAACCAAUACCUACUCGCCGAUUCGGCAUGCAUCAUGGUCGUUCGUGCAUCGAUCGAAGAAAGUCGUGAAAAAUUUAAAGGUAUUUUUGGAUUAAACAUCGCAGACUUUGUACAUCGUCAAGAAUUACCUCUUCUUUCGUCGGUCCGUGUCAGUUUCAUCUAUGUCAAAAUUACAAUAUUCAUUCAUGCCGCUGUUUGGCCUGUAACGGUUUGUUUGAAAAAAAAAAAAAUUUUUCGUUAUAACAGAACCUCGGGAAUUACAUGCAAGUUCCAAAUUCCAUCAAAAUUAAGUCCCGAAAUCUACUUUACCUGUUAUCAUCGUUCAGCUUGUUAUUGUUAAGGUUUUUUUUUUCUCUUACGGCCGUUUUACCUGUGAGAACGGAGAAUUCAGAAUGCUGCAUUCGGAGAUCUAGGUCGGUUCGCAUUUGCACGAUUUUACCGCUAUGCCUGUUGGCUUUUCUGGGCCUGGGCCACUGCCAAAAUGCGCUCCCAUCACGAGUUCAAAUCGAGACAUCAAUUAAUCGGACUAUCAACGAAGUGGAGCGACUGAUCAAAGAAGAUCCGCGAUUACCGCGUCUUUCGCGAACCGAAAUCGUUGACAUCCUCCACAACAUAACUUCGAAGGACAUGGACUCGCACGGUGACAAACAGAGUGCGGAGAAAGCGAGGGCGGAAUAUCAGCGAGCGUUGAUGGUCGUCUUGCCUUACAGUCCGAAUUCGUCCAAGGAAAACUUGGAGGAUUUGUACAUGAAGCCGCCGAUCGUCCAAAUGGUACCAGACUCUGCCGAAGAUUCGAAGAGCUCGGAAAUCUUCGACGUGAUCGACGAAAAUGGCGAGAUGGAAGAAAUAGUCUAUCCGGAAAAAUCGAGGAAACCAACUCACGCGGCCGAAUCCGCAGCAUCCGACAAUUCCGUUGUAACGGAAAACUCGAGGGGGUCGAGCGACGCGGACGAACACAUGGAAGAAUCCACCGGGUCGUAUGAAAACCACAGAGACACGUACUCCGAAGUGGUCGAUCCCAUCGACUUCAAGACUUCAAAAAUAUCGGGUGGACGAUAUCGCCCCGUUUAUCAGGCUGGUGGAAAGCAAAGGGUGAUUUAUGCCGAGUCGCCAGAAAAAUUCAGUUUCAAUUUGAACAAUCUGCAGUUGCCGUCCAAGAAUCCGACGGUCAAUACUUUCCUCCCUACCAGAAUUUCGAAUGACGAUACCCCGGAGCAAUUCGACGACUCUCUGUCGACCGACUCUAAAUUGGAAAUCGUCUACAGCACUACGGUCAGUACAAAAAAACCUACAACGACAACGCAACUCGGCACAGAAGCUACACCAGCGAGUGUCGAGCCCACAACCUUUGCUCCGGAGAUGACAACUCGUCGUCACGUUCUCACAUCCGAUCAGUGGCAUUACCACGCUCCACCGCCAGCAAUGGAGACUCCGAAGAAGGUGUAUCCGGAGUAUAAAUUUCACUCGCAGACAUCCACCGCGUCCUCACAAGGUCAAUAUAAUCUGGUCGAGCCUUCGAGCAUCGCGACGAAAAAACAAGAAGUAUCCAUUAGAACGCACGGUCAGAACAAGGAAAAGAAGUAUGGGAACAGAGAGCAAAUUGAGACAGUGGAAACCCCAUCUUCGAUUUUCGUGACUCCAACGAAGAGCUCGGAGAAGAGCAAGUUCAGUUCAUCGUACGCGGCGAAAACCGGAGGUAAUUCCAAGCCAACGAUGCCACCGAUGAGAUCAGAAGUGAAAGAUCUUCUGGCGUCGAUCGGACUGUCCGAAGGUGAUCCCGGUGCAUUGCCAUCGGUUGGAAUGACCAGUCUGCCUCUCAGCGGAUCCGAAGAGUUCACCCGGGCGCAGAUCGCCGAAUUAGGGGCAACCGGAAUUAAUGCCCCGUCGAUUCUCAGUCAGAAUACUUUCGGAACCGCCAAUUACGACUACAAAAAAGGCACGCAGAACCUCACACCCGACAUGCAGCUACUGCUUCAAAGAUUUGGACUGCAAACUUCGAAGGAGCCAGAGACACCCUCUACCACAACCAAAAAGCCUACGCCUAUCGUUGUCAAUUUGAAUUCAUAUUCAAAUUUCAAACCGUUGCCAACAACGAACGUGGAGAACCAAGAUAUGCGUGACUUUCUGGCGAAGUUUGGCCUCGGCACUGCUGAUACGGAUAAAAAUCGCGAUCACAAAUCUAUAAAAACCAGGAAAAAUGCGGAGACCAGUCCACCUUCGUUGAUCGAAGCUGUGCCCGAGAACAUGAAGAAGAUUUUGGAAAAUAUCGGACUGAUAUCGCGAUCGCAAAAGUCCGUGGAGACCAAAGUGACGAGUACAUUUGCUUCGGAAAAAGUUAUCCCGUCCGGAGAACCGCACAUCUUCAAACCCCACGAGGUACCUGUCCAUACCGAGGAGCAAAAAGAGAAAAUCAAUAAAUUAUUGGACACGGUGAGGAAGGUUCAGGCAGGAAUGGCCAGUUCUACGGACGUUCAAAUGGCUGCACAGGAUCUCCUGGAGACGACGAAAACACUGCAAAAUGGACCGGACCCGCUCAGUCUCGAAGAAAUAUUGAACAUCUACAACGAGGGCAUAAAAAACGAAGUGAAGAGGCAGGAGGAGGCUACUACUCCCGAAGGAGAUUCGGGAGCGACCACGUCGUUCGCAGCCGAAUCGACAACAGAAGCAACUACAUCGGCAACAUCAACGACUGCGGCGGAUCCCCUAGGACCGAUAACUUCCGAAUCUACGAACAUCGAAGCCUUGUCAGAUUCAUUCGGUGGAAGUACUCGAGCACCUGAUCCUGUGUUACCUAUGCAGAGAAAAACUGGCCUGUAUUUCCUCGUUGAUUGGAAUACGUUUCUAGAGGUCGGUGAAGAAGGUCCCGACAGAGUUAAUUUGAGGUUCCAACCUAAGGUGGGCGACAGAACCAGGUUCAUUCCGGUCACCGUUCCCUGAAAACUAGAUGAUUUCGUUUCACAAUCAGCUAAAUUUCGAAAAUCAGCCUCCUAAUCGGUUUCAUUAUUUUUUUUUUUUGUCUCCGAACGGAGGGACUUGGACUUGCAUUUUUUAUUGGUUUUUUUCAUUCAUCAUCUGGGUCUCUUCCUAAAGACUGAUCACCGCGGGUGAGCCCCGAAGUAAAAUUGAAACAAGAAAUCAAUUAUAACGAUCUGCGAAAAUUGGAAUAUAACGUAACAUACCUAUUCGGAGUAAUGAGAGGAGACUUAUUGAAGAAAGAUUGUUAGUAAUUAUUUUUCCGCGAUCAAGAUAAGCAGGUUUUUAUAUACGUGCAAAUAGGUAAUAGUUAUGGGUUGAUAAUCAAAUAUUCUAUUCUAUUUUAUAAUAAUUUAUGUAAGUUAUAUUUAUAGUUUUGUACUUACGUCACAUGAAAAAAAAAAAACAUUAAUUAUGGAUUCAUUUCAAACACUCAAUAAACGUGUAUGCGUAGGAACCAAUUAUAAGUCAAUCGUGGGAUUGAAAAUUACAUUCCUGUCAUGUUCGCUUGGGAAUAAUUAAUGACAUUGCAAUGCACGCAAACUCCUCUCCACUAUAUAACUUUUUGUUUGUUC